GUAAGCCGAAGGACUGUGCAGACUUGGACCCAAACUAUGACCCUAGCGGAGUAUAUAAAAUAUAUCUCACUACCGGAAGAGCAUUCAAGGUUUAUUGUGAUAUGACAACCGAUGGAGGACGCUGGACUGUUUUUAUCAGACGAAUGGAUGGUUCUGAGAAUUUCAAUAAAAAUUGGAUAGGAUAUGAAAAUGGUUUUGGAGACUUAAAUCGGGAAUUUUGGUUAGGAAACAAAUACCUCAAUUUACUGACUUCAAUUGGGAAAACUGAAAUGAGGGUUGAGAUGGAAAAUUUUAAAGAUGACAAGAGGUAUGCCAAAUACUCAUCAUUCAAGGUGGGAGAUGCUGGAUCGAAAUAUAAACUGACAAUUGGUGGAUAUUCUGGAAAUGCCGGCGAUACUUUUGGAGCUGCUGAACACAACGGAAAGAAAUUCAGAACACCUGACCAAGACAAUGAUGUAUAUAAAGACAACUGUGCAUUAUUCAGUCAUAGAGUUGGCGGCGGUUGGUGGUUUCAAGCAUGUGAAUCUGUCUGCUUUACAUUAUGA